AUGCCUCAUGGCUAUUAUCCCCGACCUCCACCACCGACGAUCGAUUCUCCCAGAUUACCGUGCCCCCCGUUCGAUUUACCUGACCCUUCGUGGCUCCCUAUAGAAGUACUGGAACCAUCUGGUAGUGAUGAGGUUACCAAAAACUUGAUUAAGCAGUGCCAGGUUGGAUGCUGGGCAGAACUCGAUAAUCUUCGGUUCUCCUGUAAAGUAAUAGGUGACGAUAAGGUGAAGAAAUGGUACGUAAACUGCAUGGAAGAGUGCUUCAAGUCAAAAGGGAAACAUAUUGACUUUGCAUUGUGGCAAGCUCUCCCCACUAAAUAA